AUGGCCGAGGCGCUGUCGAUGCCAAAGACGACACUGCACCGACACUUCAAGAACGGUGAGCUCGUCGUCCCUGAAACCCAUGCUGUCGGAGGACAACGUCAAGAAGCGUCUGCAGUACUGUCGUUCGCCAACGUCGUGGACGGGUCCGUUGAGUUAAACCCAAUGUUGGAUCGGGUGUUUCUGGACGAGAAGUGGUUCUAUUUGCGCAAAGUCAAGAACAAGUUUUACCUUGCGCCGUGGGAAACCGUGCCGCAUCAAACGACGAAGAACAAGCGAUUCAUACCCAGUGUAAUGUUCCUGUCCGUCGUUGCCCGGCCGUGA